GUCAUGGUUGAUACCGACGUUGGUUGUUACAUUAAUGGCUCUUCAUUCCAGGUGGUGGAAGUUCUCGGUGAGAGUUACACCCGUGAUGUUGAGUUCAUGGAUUUGAGUGCCAUUGAGAUAGACAGGUGUCACACUCAGACGGCAUUACGCUUAACAGAGUCUACCAGGAAGUCUGAACUUCCAGGGAACUUGCAAUAUUUGCGUAUGUGUAAAUCCAUAGGCGACAAUCGGAUACUACUCAUAUAUGGCGUGGAUAAUGACAUGUCUUUUAGAUCAGAUUUUGACGCUGCCGGCAUCGAGAUUUACGGUAAACAUAAUGUUAAGGUGCCAAAACACUCACCAUGUACUGUAGAGCAGUAUAAGGACUGGUCUCGAUACUGGCCUUUGAAGUAUCUCAAGCCUAAGGUAACUCCCUUUGUGAUAACGCAUGACGUGAAACUCAAAAUCGCAACCAUGAUGUCGGCGGUACUCGAAGAAUCUAAGCUCCAAGAUGGCAAGGCAGUUUGCAUCGUGACGUUCAAGGGCCAUGUUAUCGCAAAAUCCAUUGACCAGCGUGACAGCAACAUCCUUAACCAUGCGGCACUGCUCGCUGUGCGUAAAGUGGCCACGCUACAGCAUCGGGACCCGCAAUUGAUGUAUAAUGCAAAACGGCGUUAUACUGGUCUGCAGGACAAUGGCGAUGCUACAGGAACACCCGAUCAAGAAUCAGAUGAAGCGUAUCGUGGUACCUCCACGGACAAAGUAGACAUUCCGGACUAUCUUUGUACUGAUUGCGAGGUGUUUAUAAGCCACGAGCCGUGCUGUAUGUGUGGUAUGGCGCUAUUGCAUUCCCGUGUGUCCUCUGUGACCUAUUACUAUCCUAACGCGCGUUUGGGUUCGCUUGGUUCUGUGUACAGUUUACACAACAACAAGCAGUUGAACCAUCAUUUUCGUGUUUUUUCAAUAAAAGACAUUUAAU